AUGCAGGUCGAGGAGUUGAGGAAAAUGGUUGACAAACAACCGCAAGAGGUUGAAGACCGCCUGAAGGGUGAAAUGGACAAGAUCAUGGCAAGAAACAUUGAAGUGCAGGAUGACAACCGUGGACUAGAGGAAAGAUUGCAAGAGAUGGAGCAAGAGUUGGUGGGGACGAAGAUGAUGUAUGCGCAGGUGAGUUGUUUUUUCCCUCUGGCCUCUCCUGGAAGCACAGUAUUGGUGUGA